AUGGGUGCGCAAGUUUCGGUAAGUCCACUUGCUGCAAUUUCACAUUCAUCUCUCUCUCUCUCUCAUUCACAGCGUCCAUUACUGAAUAAAACUCAAGAUGAACGAGUCAACAGACGCUUAUUGAUGAGUUCUGAUGAUAAUAGCAUAUCAAUGGAAAUGCAUGAUAUAUCUGGUUAUCAAGAAGCACCGCUUUUGUCAUUAGAACAAGCUUGCAACAAACUUCAUAUCGAAAAUCUGUCGAAUUAUAUAGCAAAAGCAAAGAACAUGUCUAGACGCUCCAGAAAUGGGUUAACACAAGAUGAACAAGCUGCUAUUCACCUUUACACUCAAGAGACGCCACUAUACCUAUUGCUCAAUACUGCUCUACGACAAGUUCAUGGGUGUGACCUCACAUCAUGGUAUGCAUACUUAAAAUUGUUCAUAAUUGCACUUCAAAAACUAUCUCCAUAUCGCGGAACGGUAUGGCGUGGUGUCCCGCGUGAUCUUAGUGCGAAAUAUGAAAAAAGUGAUGUAAAAACAUGGUGGGGGUUCAGUUCUUGCACGUCAUCACUGGAUAUUUUAACAUCGUCGAGCUUUUUGGGUUCCACUGGUGUUCGAACAUUGUUUAAUAUUGAAAUUUUUAACGGCAGAGAGAUUAGUGAAUUUUCCGAUCAUUGUUCAGAAAAAGAAAUUCUACUUCUACCUGGUACUUGUGUUCGCGUUGUCGGACAGAUGAAGCAGUCGGAUGGUCUUCAAAUUGUACAUUUGAAGCAAAUAGAAGCUCCACAUUUUUUGUUAGAGAAUCAUAUACGAGCCAAGCCAAUCCGACAAAUUACAGAAAAAUACAGCCAAAACCGAAAGACAGCUUACAAUGAUUCGCCAGAAGAAGAGUAUGGAUAUGAACAGAAAUAUUUUGCAGCUCAAGGUGAGUGA